GCCUGACCCAGUUUCAUGAGAACAGGAAGAGAAACAGCUGAGCCCCCGUUCAAAGCAGGAGGAGAGUGGAGCUGAGGCAGGCCUGACUGAAGAUGAUGAUGGAGGAAGAGGAGGACAGAGCCGAAUCUGCAGGAUCCAGCUGUGCGUGUGUGACGAGUGACCGGUUCAAAGAUCAUCCUCCAAAGUUCAGUGAUGGACCAACAAAAGGGAGGAAGAGGAGUGGUGUUUGUGAGGAGGAGCAGCUGUCCUGCUGUGCUUUGUGUCAGGACGUCCUGAAGGAUCCAGUCUCUACCAGCUGUGGACACUGGUUCUGCAGACAGUGCAUCUCCUCAUACUGGGACCAGUCUGCUUCAUCAGGAGACUCCUCCUGUCCCCAGUGUGGAGAAAGAUCCAGAAGCGGAGCUGGACUGCAGACAGCCAGUCAGAGCAGCUGUGUACAAAAUGUUGGUCUGCAGGAGGUUUUAGAUGAACAUAAGAUCAGUCUGAGGAGAAGAUGUGAACGUGUGACUGAAGGAAGUGAUGAAACAGGAAGUAGAACCCUCCUCAACAGGAUCUACACUGAGCUCUACAUCACAGAGGGACAGAGUGAAGAGGUUCAUACCCAACAUGAGGUGAGGCAGCUGGAGACAGCUUCCAAGAUGGACGCCCUCCAUGACGCUCCAAUCAGGUGCCAGGACAUCUUUAAAGCCUUACCUGACCAACAGAGACCCAUCAGAGUGGUUCUGACCAACGGCGUGGCUGGUGUUGGAAAAACCUUCUCAGUGCAGAAGUUCACUCUGGACUGGGCAGAGGGCUUGGAGAACCAACAUGUCAGUGUGGUGGUUCUGCUUUCAUUCAGGGAGCUGAACCUGAUCAGAGAUGAGCAGUACAGUCUUCUGGAGCUGCUCCAUGUUUUCCAUCCAACAUUACAGAAGGUCACAGCAGAGAAGCUGGCUGUCUCUCAGCUUUUGUUCAUCUUUGACGGCCUGGAUGAAAGCAGACUUUCAUUGGAUUUCAGCAACAGGAAGCUGCUGUCUGAUGUCACACAGAAGUCAUCAGUCAGCCAGCUGCUGACAAACCUCAUCCAGGGGAAUCUGCUUCCCUCGGCUCUCGUCUGGAUAACUUCCCGACCUGCAGCAGCCAAUCAGAUCCCUCCUACAUGUGUCGACAGGCUAACAGAAGUACGAGGCUUCACUGACGCCCAGAAGGAGGAGUACUUCAGGAGGAGAUUCAGUGAUGAAGAGCUGUCCAGCAGAAUCAUCUCCCACAUGAAGACAUCCAGGAGCCUCCACAUCAUGUGUAGAAUCCCAGUCUUCUGCUGGAUCACUGUUACAGUUCUGGAGCACAUGUUGACUACAGAGCAGAGAGGAGAGCUGCCCAAGACCCUGACUGACAUGUACUCACACUUCCUGCUGGUUCAGACAAAGAGGAAGAAGAACAAGUAUCAUGAGGGACAUGAGACGAGUCCACAGGAGCUGAUGGAGGCUGACAGGGAAGUUCUUCUGAAGCUGGGGAGGCUGGCGUUUGAACAUCUGGAGAAAGGAAACAUCAUGUUCUACCAAGAAGACCUGGAGCAGUGUGGUCUGGAUGUGACAGAGGCCUCGGUGUACUCAGGAGUUUGUACAGAGAUCUUCACAAGAGAGUGUGUGAUCUUCCAGAAACCAGUCUACUGCUUUGUUCAUCUGAGCAUUCAGGAGUUUCUGGCUGCAGUCUACAUGUUCCACUGUUUCACCAACAGGAAGACAGAGGUGCUGAAGAAGUUUCUGGGAAAAAAAUACAACGAGUCAUCUCUGGAUAAUUUUUUGAUGGAAACACUAAUAAAAUCCUUCAGGAGUAAAAAGGGUCAUCUGGACCUGUUUGUUCGCUUCCUUCAUGGCCUCUGUCUGGAGUCCAACCAGAGACUCAUAGGAGGUCUCCUGGGUCAGACUGAGAACAGUCCAGGAAUCAUCCAGAGAGUCAUCAACAAUCUAAAAGAAAGGAAGACACAAUUCUCUCCUGACAGAAGCAUCAACAUCUUCCACUGUCUGAUGGAGAUGAAUGACCUCUCAGUACAUCAGGAGAUCCAAGAGUUCCUGAAGUCAGUGAACAAAUCAAAGAAACUCUCUGAGAUCCACUGCUCAGCUCUGGCCCACAUAUUGCAGAUGUCAGAGGAGGUUCUGGAUGAGUUGGACCUGCAAAAGUACAACACAUCAGAGCGGGGACGACUGAGACUGAUUCCAGCUGUGAGGAACUGCAGAAAGGCUCGACUGACUCGGUGUCGACUAUCAGAGUCUCACUGGGAAGUUGUGGCCUCAGCCCUGAAGUCCAACCCCUCCCAUCUGACAGAGCUGGACAUGAGUGGAAACAAGCUGCAGGAUUCAGCAGUGAAGCUUCUGUGUGCUGGACUGGAGAGUCCAAACUGUCGACUGGAGACUCUGAGAUUGUGGGGCUGUGGUUUGUCAGAGAUCAGCUGUGAUUAUCUGGCAGCAGCACUGAAGUCCAACCCCUCCCAUCUGAGAGAGCUGGACCUGAGCUGGAACAACAAGCUGCAGGAUUCAGGAGUGAAGCAUCUGUGUGGUUUCCUGGAGAGUCCAGGAUGUAAACUUGAAACUCUGAGAUUGAGGAGCUGUGGUUUGUCAGAGAUCAGCUGUGAUUAUCUGGCAGCAGUGCUGAAGUCCAACCCCUCCCAUCUGAGACAGCUGGACCUGAGUACCAACAACCUGCAGGAUUCAGGAGUGAAGCAUCUGUGUGGUUUCCUGGAGAGUCCAGGAUGUAAACUUGAAACUCUGAGAUUGAGUGUCUGUGGUUUGUCAAAGAUCAGCUGUGAUUAUCUGGCAGCAGCACUGAAGUCCAACCCCUCCCAUCUGAGAGAGCUGGACCUGAGCUGGAACAACCUGCAGGAUUCAGGAUUGAAGCAUCUGUGUGGUUUCCUGGAGAGUCCAGGAUGUAAACUUGAAACUCUGAGAUUGAGGGGCUGUGGUUUGUCAAAGAUCAGCUGUGAUUAUCUGGCAGCAGCGCUGAAGUCCAACCCCUCCCAUCUGAGAGAGCUGGAGCUGAGUAACAAUGACAAGCUGCAGGAUUCAGAUGUGAAGCAGCUGUCUGAUCUUCAGCAGAGUCCAGACUACAGACUGGAGACUCUGGAGUGGAUAUGAUGGUAAACAGGACGGUGUGUGUGCUGAGAGAGGAGCAGCUGUGUCCUGAUGAUCCAGAGAGGUUGAAGCAGCAGCAGCUUGUGUGUAGAGACGCUCUGACUGGGCCAUGUUACUGGGAGGUGGAGAGGAGAGCUUCAUCCAGCAGUGACUGACAGAGGAAUGAAGUGCAGAUGACUGUCAGUGCUGCAGAGUGAACUGCUCUGAGAACAGCUCCACUGUCAGACACAAUGUAGAGUCCAGCAUCAUCCCUGUGUGUCCCUCUGGAUCUGACAGAGGAUCAUCAGUGGAUCUGGACUGCUCUGCUGCUGCUCUGUCCUUCUACAGUCUCUGCACAGUCUCUGUCUCACUCUGGAAAGAUUUUACAACUUGUGUAAUUACAGAACAUUAAUAUUAUAUUCAAACAUGUGAUCUUCUCUUUAUUUCUGAAUCUUUACCAAAUAAAGAAAAACUAACAAACAGAA